AGAGCAGCAGCCUGUCCUGAGCUGUCCAGCCACAGGGAGCACAGCUGGAUCUGCCAACCGUAUGCACAGGACUCGGAGAGGCUGCUCUGGCCUUGAAAAUUAUCCUUCUUAAAAGGAUUUUCCUCCUUCCUCAGGGGAAAGAAAACCCACUGAUAUAAAACCCCAUUUGCCUUCCAGCUUCCCCUGUGACUGCCUCUCCAGCAGAGAUAGAGCGUUGAUAAAUACAGGAGAAAGAAAAAAAACUAAUUCGGUCCUCUGCAGCAGCUGAUGCACGCCCAGCCACCUCCGGCAGUCUGCCUGCUCACAACCCAGGGACGCAGGUGCAGCACAUGCUGACUCAGCCCGUGCCGUAAGCUUGCGUGAUCUUAGUCUGACCAGGGAUUGAACCUGUGCCCUCGGCAGUGAAAAAGCAGAGUCCACCAGACCACCAGGGAGUCCCCUCUUUAAUUUACUUCAGAUUGUAUCAGAGUUUUUAUACAAAGCCAGAAGGAAUUUGGAAGCUAUGGGUAGGACACGCAGGCCUCCGCCAGGGCAGCACAGACACUGUGAGAGAUGCUUCAACCGUCACUGCCACAUGCCCGUGGAGCCCAGUGUCUCUUGCCCGGUGAUAAACUGCCACCUGUCCUGCGGGGCUACCUUCCACAUGUGCAAAGAGGCUGAGCACGAGCUACUCUGCCCUUUAGAGCAGGUUCCAUGCCUCAACUCCGAAUACGGCUGCCCCCUCUUCAUGUCCCGCCACAAGCUGGCCAAACACCUGCAAGUGUGUCCUGCGAGCGUGGUCUGCUGCUCCAUGGAGUGGAACCGCUGGCCAAACGUGGACUCUGAAACAACGCUUCAUGAGAACAUCAUGAAAGAGACCCCCGAUGAGGAAUGCUUGGACACAGCCCUGGCCCUUCAGGACCAGAAGGUCCUUUUUAGGUCUCUGAAAAUGGUAGAACUUUUCCCAGAAACUAGAGAACCCACAGAAGAGGAACCUCCUAUGAAUGGUGAAGCCAGCUGGGAGGAAAUGGAUGGAGCGGUGGGUGGGGAGGAUGCUGGUUUGGUAACAGGCUGCUCUCUGUCAGCCAUGAAUGGGGAGGUGGUAGAACUAAGUCAAGAAGAACGAGAGGCGUUAGCCAAAACCAAAGAAGGGAUGGACCUGGCCAAGUUUGACAAGUGGGAAAAUAUGUUCAGCAAAGAGCAUGCGGCCUCAGCUUUAACAAGCUCAUCAGCCAGCAGUGACAGCAAGAGCAGGAACGGCCCAGAGAAAGAACAGAUUUCCAACAGCAAUAGAAUGGUAGAGGAGGGAGCUGCCAAAGAAAAAGAACCACAGGAAGACCAAAGGCAGGACUUUCAUGCAGCCAUAGAAAAGACAGGACUUGCCCCUUGGCAGGAUGGUGUUCUGGAAAGACUGAAAACAGCUGUGGAUGCAAAGGACUAUAAUAUGUACCUGGUGCAUAAUGGGAGGAUGCUUAUUCACUUUGGUCAGAUGCCUGCUUGUACACCCAAAGAGAGAGACUUUGUUUACGGCAACCUGGAGGCACAGGAAGUGAAGACUGUUUACACCUUCAAAGUUCCGGUGAGCUACUGUGGGAAGCGGGCUCGCCUAGGUGAUGCCAUGAGUUGUAGGCCAAGUGAGCACAAGGCCGUUGAUACUUCAGAUUUAGGGAUCACUGUGGAGGACCUGCCCAAGUCAGAUCUCAUCAAGACCACCCUCCUGUGUGCUUUAGAAAGAGAACUCAAAGGUCACGUCAUCUCCGAGUCCAGGAGCAUUGAUGGGCUGUUCAUGGAUUUCGCUACACAGACAUACAGUUUUGAGCCAGAACAGUUUUCUUCUGGGACGGUGCUGGCCGACCUCCUAACCACUGCCAACCCGAACAGCAAUGCGAACGGGCUCCACGUGGAGCUCCACAGUGAGUGUGUGACCAGGAGACACAACAAGAGGAGCUCUGCCUUUACUUUCACCUGCAACAAAUUCUUCAGGAGGGAUGAAUUUCCCCUCCAUUUCAAGAAUGUUCACACAGACAUUCAGUCAUGUCUCAACGGCUGGUUCCAACACCGAUGCCCCCUGGCCUACUUGGGAUGUACCUUUAUUCAAAACCAUUUCCGUCCCCCAGGGCAAAAGGCAAAAGUGAUCUACAGUCAGAAGCUCAAGACCUUUGCCAUCAAGCCGGAGGUUGCUUCAGAGCUGAGCGAGGGAAGGAAGAACAACCAUUUCUCAGGUCGUGAAGGAAAAAACCAGAAUUCUCUAACCAGCCUGCCCCUGGAGGUCCUGCAGUACAUUGCUGGGUUCCUAGACAGCAUCAGCCUGUCCCAGCUCUCCCAGGUGUCCGUGCUGAUGAGGAGUAUCUGUGCCACUUUGUUACAAGAGAGAGGGAUGGUCCUCCUGCAGUGGAAGAAGAAGAGGUCUUCCCAUGGAGGCACCUCCUGGAGAGUUCACAGAAAGAUUUGGCAGUUCAGCAGCCUCUUCUCCAAAAUCAAGAGCUGGGAGUUUAAUGAAGUUGCCUCCAUGUCUGAGCACCUGAAAUCCUGUCCCUUCAAUGUUGUAGAACACAAGACUGACCCGAUUCUUUUGACCAGCAUGCGGCAGUCCCAUCAACAGGCCCGAGAGACCUUGGUCACCACCUUUAGAGCCAGGCCACGAGGAAGACACAUCUUACACUAAAGACUCAGAAGCCACUGUUCUUGGAUUCCUAUUCAGAGUUACUGAAGUUGGACAGAGUGUGAUUUUGAGGACUUUCUUCUGUAAAUUGCAAAUGUUCUCAUCUAGGUGUUUUCGAACAUGCAAUGCCCUUCAAAGCCUGAGUAGCUGCAUAAGGUGGAAGAAUUUCCCAAGCCAUGGCUUGUAUAAUUGCUAUAUCGCCAUACUGAUAACUAAUAGCCUCCCUCCCCCUACUUUUUUUUUCUAAAAUAAAUCCAUCUGCGGAGUAAAUAGGUAACUGGAGGCCAUUUAGAAGAUGAGCCCACGACCUUAGGAGUUGAGAGAGCAGUGAAAUUCCAUAACCAGCAUAGGCCUGUGCUUUUGUGGAGAACUUUUCAGUUUAUGAGCGCUUUCAAUGAUAUGGGGCAGAGGCAGUACAGGAAGAGGGACUGAGACGCCUCCCAGGGCACCCAGAGUAAAAAGCACAGUCUGAAGUUUCUGGAGCUGGACUUGUCUUGACAGCCAAGUCCAGGGCUUCUUUUAGUUACCCCACUGUCUCUAAGCCCAGAGAGUUCAAACAGUCUAACAGAAUAGGGGCCUAGGCUAAGGACAGCAGCCUCAGGGACACUGAAGGUCGAACAGUAAGAGGCAGAAAUGAGGUCACAGAGGAGAAGGUUGUGUAGAAUCUUGGCAACAUAUGGAAGGACAGUCUUGAAAAAUGAGACGAAUCCAGAGGAGAUACUACAUGUAUGAAGAAAAUUAGGACAAAAAUCACAGACUGCUUUUGAACAUUUUAAUAGUGACUUAAGAUUCAAGCUUCUUUUCCUCUGAAAAUUGUAUUCUCGGUCUGGAUUAGGGAGAGCCCAGGUACGGGCCAGCACCACCCUGGGCUAUGUGAAAUGAUCACAAGACACUAACUCCAACUUCAGUGUCAUGCCAGAAGGCGCAGGGUAGCCCAGGGAGACCACGCAUAUGGAAAAGUCAGGCCCACCGUAGGUCCUGUGCUACCAGUCACUAGGUCCUAGACAUCACUUGAGUAUACCAUGGGGAAUCUUGAGAAGGAAGACAUCCGAACAUAGUGAUUCCCUCUAAUUGCUCUUACCUCUUGCUGGGCAUGACUUCAUUCUGUGAAAAAUCGGUGACACUUCGGAUUUUGGUAACAAAUAGUCAAAACUUAUGAGAACAAAAGUAAAAUGAAAAUACACAAGAGAAACUGGCAUCCCCCAAAGCAGAGUUUCAUGGAAGCACUGACAUUUUAGACUGGAUAAUUCUUUGUCAUAAGGGACUGUCCUGUGUGUUAGAGGAUGUUUACUGACAUCCUUGGCCUCUAUUCAAUAAUACCAGUAGCUCCCCUACUGCUUU